UUUUUAUUUUUAUUUUUAUUUUAUUAUUCAGUAUUCCUCUUCCUUCCUUCCUCCUAUUCCCACUUUCACUACAACUCCUCGCUUUCUUCACCGGCGCCUUUUCCCCCCGCCCCUCCCGUCACUCUUCCCCCAACUUCUCUUUUCAUGGACGACGUUCGACCAUCCAACUCCGCUUUCUUGUCCUGGCAGCGAACCAUGAGCUCCAGAUUCGCGCUUCCCUUGAUUCAAGACGCUGCUAAUUUGAUCAUGGAACACCGCGGCGUAAUAUUUGGUGACUGUGCCGAUCCUCGAGUCGACGAUGAGGAAGAUGAUAAUGAAUACGACCGUCGUGUUCUAUUCCGGAAUGGGUCUUCCUUUAUCAAGCCUAUUCUGGUACUCGACUUGUUCUGGAAUUUGUUCUUCGUCUUUUUAUCUGUCACAGUGCUGGUAUUGUCUGCAGAAGAGAAACCUACUGCUCCUCUCAGAUUCUGGCUUUCGGGUUAUGCUGUUCAGUGCCUUUUCCAUGUCUUUUUUGUGUUCGUUGCUUACUUGAGAAGGAGUAGUCGCUAUCGACUUGGUUUUGAGAAUCGUGGGGCUCAGGAUGAACUUCGCCUUUCUCAUAAUCGUAUAAGAGUUAUGAAAAGGUUGGAAGCACUGAACACAAUGGUAGCAUAUAUUUGGUGGGUAUUUGGAUUCUAUUGGAUUGUGAUGGGUGGCCAAGCUCUUCUGGAAGGUUCUCCCCGACUGUACUGGUUGGCAGUGGUUUUCUUAGCCUUUGAUGUGUUUUUUAUUAUCUUCUGCACCGGGAUGGCGUUUGUUGGUUUAUUUGCUGUUUGCUGCAUAAUACCAUUUUUAGCAUAUGGUUAUACCAUGAAUUUCCUAGAAGGUGCCUCUGAGGAUGAAAUUAGGGCACUUCCCAAGUACAGGUUUCACCAAGACAAUCCACUUGAGUCGUUCGACAAUGACAAGAAACAAGAAGUUGGGAUGACAUUGGAGCCUGGCUACAAUGGUCAUACAACUGAACACACUCUAAAUGCAGAGGACUCGGCAUGCUGCAUAUGCCUUGCUCAGUAUGUACAUGGAGUACAAUUGUGCAUGCUUCCUUGUAAUCAUCAUUUCCAUACUCGAUGCAUUGUCAAAUGGCUUCGAAUAAACGCAACCUGCCCCCUCUGCAAAUUCAGCAUCGGACAAGGGGAUUCCUUGGUCUGAUUCAACUUUUGAUCGAGUCGGAGCAUUCUUGAGGCUGGGACAAGAUCUUUGACAACGUAACCACACAGGUCAUGUAUAUCGUCUCUUAACAUAUGUUGAUUUGAGAUUGAGACGGGUGGGGGAGGGUAAAGUCUUGUUGAAAGGGAGGCCUUGCCCUUUUUUUUCCUCUUUGAAAGAGGAAAUAAUUUCCUUAAUGGCCAAACUGUAGAUAGAUAGCUUACUUCUUUCGUUUGAGAUUUACUUAGGAGGCCAGAUUAGUGGGGAAUACUGUGAAUAGAAUUUGAUGCACAGCUUACUAACUUAUAUAUGUUACUAAGAAGACUACUUAGUUGAUAGUAGCAUUUUCAGUAAAUAAAGGCAAAGAAGCCAUUUGCUUGCUCAA